AUGGCUGAUGCGGAAGAGCUCCCUUCCCUGAAGGAUUUGUUGGAGGAGAUCAGCACAGCACGCGAGACCGCUCGAGUGCAGUGGCGGCAGAAUUUCAGGAAGUCGCGGCAGGUCCCGGGUGCCUGGGCAGAUGCGAACGCCCUGCCGCGCCAGCGCACAAACUGGCGCUUCGACCCUGCCAGCUUCAAAGAUGAGCUGCGCGCGGUCGCAAAGCGCUUCCGGCUGCCACUGCGACGGGGACCCUCUCGGAAGCCUCUCGAGGCGCCAAACAUGAAGAUCCGAAGCCCUCGCGAGAUCGCUCCGUUCAUCCCGCUCCUCGAGCCGCACCUCAACGAGUGGGACGCCUCCAGGGCAGCGCUUCCCCAGCGCCGAUUCCCAUUGAUGGGCUUGGGACGGUACCUCGGCGGCGAUGUCGGAACAUGCCGCCUUCGUCGAUGUACGUUGUCUGCUGAAGCCCAGAAUUCAGUGUCGGCUUACAUGGCUGUCUGCAGCGAAGUCUAUUCAGAAGCUUCCUCGCUUCGCCCAGUGAGAAGUCCAGCAACAUCCGACGUCCGAUCCUCUCAGCAAAGCUUGCAGAUCACCUCUCGGGCACCUCUCACGAUGCCGGGUCAUAGGGACAGAAGGAGUACGGCUCAUUUCUUGGGGCUCAUGUUUCAAGGAAGACGGAGACCGGAAGAUGCAGAGCCUCCGGCCCUCCAACAGAGGGCCUUUGUUGCGUUUGUAAGGUACCCGAGGAUUCAGACUCGGGACAGGUGGCACGUUCUCUCGCCCUAUUUCCCUAAGUCGGGAGGAGCACAAUCACUGCUGACGAGGUUCACAAACACGAAGCUGCAGGGCAAGCCUCCUUGGAAGGACUCCUGCCUGGCGAAAGCGCGAAAGGGCAAAGCUUCUGCUCCCGCUGCACACUCACCUGGGCCAUGGCACAGGGUUGUGAUGCAACGAGGCCUACUCGAACAAGAUCGUUUUGCCUGUGAUACCAUCAUAAUAUAG